AUGGCGGAGCAAAGCGGCCAGGGGCGCGGAGCGAGCGGUGACGCCGACCUGCGACCGGCGCGCACACUGCGCGUGCAGUUCGACGGCGCCGUACACGAGUUGCUGCUGACCGGCGACGCCGACACAGACGACGUAGAAGACCUCCUGCGCACCUUAGCUGGGUGCGGCCCGGGCGACAUUCUGAAACUGGUGACGUCCGAAGGACAGCUGGUGACGCCAAAGUUCCUGACCGGCUCAUCAGCACGCUCCGAAGGCACGCUCUACCGACUCACAAAGGCCGCCUCGCACGUUUGCGGGAGAAACAUUCUAUCGAAGGAAGAGGAUUUGCGGCUUCUUAAAGAAAGACUCGACAGCCUUGAGACAAAGCUUCUGGAGAGUGCUAGACCAGUGCCGCCAUCUGUUAAAGACCUGCAAACUAACGUUUGGCAGCUUCUUCGCCAGCUACACAGGAUCGACCUAAUCGACUGGCUCGGUAAGUGGACCAACUGAAAAUAAGUUUUUUCACGGUCAAAAUAAGUUGUGAUUUUAGAGACGUUCCUUUCACAACGCAUGACGUAAAGCCUAAAACGGCAUCUUGAUAUCAAAAGAUUCUUUGAGCAACACUUAGUUAUUACUACAUUGGUUCUUCGCCUAUAUUUUUAUCUUUGCCCUCCAGAAAAUGGCGCAAUGGCCCUUCAAAAAUGUCACCCAGGCUGCCUGAGUCUUGAAAAAGUUUUUUACGUAGACUGUAAGUUGUCUGACUGCUUGUAAGGCGAAUGACUGCCACAGGCAUUCUGUCAUUUUCAAGUCAGAAUGACUGUCAUAGUCUCUCUGACUCCUGGAAGCCAGGUGUGGUGUCUAAAAGCCACCAGAUCAUUUGAUGCGCGUGCAUAUCCCGUAUAAAUCGUGCUUACAAGUGCAUUACC